UCAGAGUGAAAAAUGAAUGAAUUACAGGACCAAGUGUCUUUCAAAGAUGUAUGUGUGCAGUUCACUCAAGAAGAGUGGUAUCUACUGGAUCCUGCUCAGAAGAUACUUUACAGAGAUGUGGUCCUGGAAAAUUACAGCCAUCUUGUUUCAAUAGGUUAUUGCAUUACUAAGCCAGAAUUGAUCUUCAAGAUUGAGCAAGGAGAAGAGCCCUGGAUAUUUGAGGAUGGAUUCCCAGGCCAGUGCCAGCCAGAAGAUUGGAAAGUUGAUGACCUGAUAAAGAAGAGCCAGGAAAAUCAAGAUGAACAUUUUUGGCAACUUCCCUUUACCACAAAUAAAACAUUAAGUGUAGAUAGUGGUAAUAGAGUAAAGAAAACUUUCAGUCUGGGCAAAGACUAUAUUACUUCAAGAAGUUUUCCAUACAAGAUAUGUGACUCAUGUGAAAUUAGUCUGAAAAAUAUUUCAGGAUUAGUUACUAGUAGAAAAAACUAUUCCAGAAAGAAACCUGGUGGACUUAAUGUGUAUGAGAAAUUGCUUCUUGAUAUUAGGCAUGAGAAAGCGAAUGGAGGGAAAUCUUAUAAGUAUACUCAAAAAAGGAAUUUUCUCAGCCAUAGCCAGCAUUUCAUCCAGCCCAUUUUUGACCAGCCUUUUGACUAUAAUGAAAAUGAACAAGACUUCCAUGAUGAAACAACCUUUUUCACAAAUAAGGGUGCUCAGAUAGGAGAGAUACCCUGUAAGUAUAAUGAAUGUGGAAGAACCUUCGUCCAAAGUUUAAAACUCAAUUUAUCUCAGAGAGCCAGUUUGGAAUUGGAGCCAUAUGAAUGCAGCAUUUGUGGGAAGUCAUUGUAUUUGAAUUUAAAAUUGGGACAUCAUAGAGUUCUCACAGGGGACAGUCCUUAUGAAUAUAAUGAAUAUGGUCAAAUGUUCUGUGACAGUUCAACUUUUGUGGUCCGUCAGGGAGCUUAUACAAGAAAGAAUCCCCGUGAAUAUAAAGUAAGUCACAAAACUUGGGAAAAAUCAGCCCUCUUUAAACACGAAAUAGUACACAUGGGGGAAAAGCCUUAUGAGUAUAGUGAAACUGGAAAUUCUUUCAACAAGAAAUCACAUCUCACCCAACUUCGGAGAGUUCACUCAGGUGAAAAAACGUUUGAAUGUGGUGAAUGUGGGAAAACAUUCUGGGAAAAGUCAAACCUCACUCAGCAUCAGAGAACACACACAGGAGAGAAACCCUAUGAAUGUUCUGAAUGUGGAAAAUCCUUUUGUCAGAAACCACACCUUACCAACCAUCAGCGUACACACACAGGAGAAAAACCUUAUGAAUGUAAACAAUGCGGAAAAACGUUCUGUGUGAAAUCAAACCUCACCGAACACCAGAGAACACACACAGGGGAGAAGCCCUAUGAAUGCAAAGCAUGUGGAAAAUCCUUCUGUCACAGGUCAGCCUUAACUGUACAUCAGCGAACACACACAGGAGAGAAACCUUUUAUUUGUAAUGAAUGUGGGAAGUCCUUCUGUGUAAAAUCAAACCUUAUUGUACAUCAAAGAACUCACACAGGGGAGAAACCAUACAAAUGUAAUGAGUGUGGGAAAACCUUCUGUGAGAAAUCAGCUCUUACUAAGCAUCAGCGAACUCACACAGGGGAGAAACCCUACGAGUGUAAUGGAUGUGGGAAAACCUUUAGUCAGAGGUCAGUUCUCACUAAACAUCAGAGAAUUCAUACGAGGGUGAAAGUUCUUUCAAACUCCUGAAUGUUCAGAGGCCUUCAUCUACCUUUCAUAUUACUCAUAGAGUUUUAAAAAUAAGGUGAAUGAAACGGAAAGAAUGCCACAACUCACUAGAAACUGCUCUCAUUGUGUUUUAUUAAUAGUAUAUAAAAUAAUGUUAAUGUUUUGAAUAUAUGAAAGCUUUCAAGAAAAAACAUUUAACCAAAACUAUGUAAUAAGGGGAAUGUAUUCAUCAAAAUAAUAUGGUAAAGAUCUUUGUUUGGAACUUAUGUUAAAUGGUAUCAUAUUCCAGAAUGAUAGUGAAUUUUUACCCUAAGUAUAAUAGAUGAUAUGCGUUUAUACCUAUAUUCACAGUGAGGUCUGCAGCUUUAAAAGUGUUUGAAUGACAACAGUAUUAGACAUACAUGAUGUUUACAGGCCUAUGUGAGUAUGCUAAUAUAACAAAAAUUGGGGGAUGCUUGAAUUGUGUAUUGUAACCCAAUGUGUUAGUAAAGAGAAAAUGUAGUCCUUAGUUAUAUACUGAUUAAGUUUUAUAUUAAAGUUUCCCACACUAAAUACCACCAGUAUCUCUCUUGGUUGAUAUACAUGUAUAUAUGUUUGUGUAAAUAUAUUUACAUAUACCUUAUAGAUAUAUACCUAUACACCUAGUGGUGUACUUUAUUAAGCUAAAAUUGACUUGUAAGUACUACUGACAGUUAAAUUUUCAAGAUAUUUGUGAGUCAGUUGUUAAAUAUAGUCAUAAAAAUGUUAGAUAACUUAAACUUACUAUUAAAAUGUAUAACAAAAAUGUAAUAAAUAUUCACUUUCAAAAUAUUUUACAUUUUAUUGUUAUGAAUUAUUGUAUUCCUUUGGAUAUUUUACUUCUCUUUGGCUUACUUACAUUAUUGAAUAUGCAUGGUGAAAGUACAUCUUCCAACUCUGCAUUCAGAACCAUCAUUUUGGGAGCUUGGCUUUAGUGGGAAUAUUUAUAUCAUGGAAAUUAGAAAACUCUAGAAAUUGAAGUUUUUAAUUUUCUCACCUGGAAUAUUGACAAUUGUCUAAUUAUACUACUGUGCAUAUUUAAAACUUUUGGAAUUUUAAAGCAUGAAACAUUGUAGGCCUUCUAUUUUCUGACAUGCAUAAAUGUCUAUGGUGAUUAUUUCUUGACUGCCUCUCAAUAAAAAAGCCAGAGUAAGUUUUACGAGGUUUUUAACUACCUCUGCAUAAAUUCCAUUCUGAAUGCUACCACAGUCUCCUUAUAGUUUAGCCAUGUUAUGUUAUUUUAUGUACUCUUAACUUUGCUGGAAUAAAUGAAUAAAUAUGGUCUUUAUUACUGAGCUACCACUUUAACUGAAAGGGCAAACUUUUUCUGAAUUUUUUUAAAGCUGCUUCUGAGUCAUUCAGGAAUAUGAAUGCUGUUAAUAGCAAUGGUCUUUACAAAAAUUUUGCGAAGGUUUAAUGUUUAUUAUAUUGUGCUAGUUAUAGUGC